GCUAUUCCGGCUGGCGGCGACCGCCGCAGGAAGGGCCGGUUCCUGCGCUCCCCCCGCCCCCUUCCCUCGCCUUCUGCUGACGCUGACGUCGGAUGAGGGAGCUGGAGGGACGCUCCGACCGCGGCCAGGAGGCUCCUGGGGGCCGGCGCUCCGAGCUGUCACAUUUUGUACCAAAAUCAUACCUAGCAUCGUGGAAGACGUACAGAGGGCACAUAGGCUUUGGAUCCUAAAAGAACAGGAUUGGAACCCUAGCUGCAACACCUAACUAGCCAUGUGACUUUCAGCAGGCAAGCCAUCAGGAGCCUGCAUUGACGCCCUGGCUCUGAAGCUACUUGGCUUUGUUCUCUCAGACCCGUUAGUCACCUCCCUGGAUCACAGGUUAUAAUAUAACUUAUCCUCUCAUGCUUUUUCCCUGCCCCUUCUCCCCAAAUCAUCAACAGUAGAGAAAGAAGAAGAAGAAAACAUGUCAGGACACAAAUGCAGUUAUCCCUGGGACUUACAGGAUCGAUAUACUCAAGAUAAGUCAGUAGUAAAUAAGAUGCAGCAGAAGUAUUGGGAAACGAAGCAGGCCUUUAUUAAAGCCACAGGGAAGAAGGAAGAUGAGCAUGUCGUUGCCUCUGAUGCAGACCUGGAUGCCAAGCUGGAGCUGUUUCAUUCAAUUCAGAGAACCUGUUUGGACUUGUCUAAAGCAAUCGUACUCUAUCAAAAGAGAAUAUGUUUCUUGUCUCAAGAAGAAAACGAACUGGGAAAAUUUCUCCGAUCCCAAGGCUUCCAAGAUAAAACCAGAGCAGGAAAGAUGAUGCAAGCAACAGGAAAGGCUCUCUGCUUUUCUUCCCAGCAAAGGUUGGCCUUGAGAAAUCCUUUGUGUCGAUUUCACCAAGAAGUGGAGACUUUUCGGCACCGGGCCAUCUCAGACACUUGGCUGACGGUGAAUCGCAUGGAGCAGUGCCGGACUGAAUACAGAGGGGCAUUAUUAUGGAUGAAGGAUGUGUCACAGGAGCUUGAUCCAGACCUCUACAAACAAAUGGAGAAGUUCAGGAAGGUACAAACACAAGUACGCCUUGCCAAAAAAAGCUUUGACAAAUUGAAGAUGGAUGUGUGUCAAAAAGUGGAUCUUCUUGGAGCAAGCCGAUGCAAUCUGUUGUCUCAUAUGCUAGCAACGUACCAGACCACCCUGCUUCAUUUUUGGGAGAAAACUUCUCACACUAUGGCAGCCAUCCACGAGAGCUUCAAAGGUUAUCAACCAUAUGAAUUCACUACAUUAAAGAGCUUACAAGACCCUAUGAAAAAACUGAUCGAGAAAGAAGAAAGGAAGAUCACCCAGCAGGAAAGUGCAGAGGCCACCGUGGAGGAGCCGAGGCAGUUAAUUUCAUUAGAGGAUGAAAACCAGCACAAGGAGUCUCCUAGUUUUAAGACUGAAGAUGGAAAAAGCGUUUUAUCUGCCUUAGACAAAAGCUCUACACAUAAUGCAUGCUCAGAUGAACUAUUAGACAUGAAACCCGAAGAAGGUGCUUGCCUGGGCCCAACGGCAGGGACCCUAGAACCUGAAGGUGCUGACAAGGAUGACCUGCUGCUGUUGAGUGAGAUCUUCAGUGCUUCCUCCUUGGACGAGGGGGAGUUCAGCAAGGAGUGGGCUGCUGUGUUUGGAGACGACCGGCUGAAGGAGCCAGCGCCUGCUGUGGCCCCAGGAGAGCCAGACCCCAGGCCCCAGACAGGCUCAGGAUUCCUUCCUUCACAGCUUUUAGACCAAAACAUGAAAGACUUACAGGCCUCACUACAAGAGCCUGUGAAGGCUGCCUCAGACCUGACUGCCUGGUUCAGCCUCUUUGCCGACCUCGACCCAUUAUCAAAUCCUGAUGCUGUUGGGAAAACCGAUAAAGAACACGAAUUGCUCAAUGCAUGAGUCUGCAGCCUCACGGUGGGAGCCCACGUGCCACUCCUCGGCCACACCCCUGGGGGCACGCAGACGUAUGAAGUGAUCAGUAUGCUGUUUUAAUAUUUACGUGCCAUUUUAAUAAAAUGAGAGGGUCAGAGGCCCUGUUUAUAUUGGUAUAAUUAUUUACUCUUAUUUGGUAUAAAGGGUUUGAGUGUAUUCUCUGUGUGGAUCUGAUAAUACAGGAUUGUCCAGGAGCACUUUCCAGGCUGCCUGCUCUCCUGCCUACAUCUGCAUCAUGGCUGCUGAUGUGUCACUGGGAUACCGUGAGAUCCGAGCUCAAAUCAUAAGCCUGUUCUGUGUUAGGUUUAAAUAAUGAAUCCUGUCGCCUUAGAUGGGCAGCGGGAGGCUAACAGACCUUAAAUGCCUCCUCGUGUACCCCCUGCCUCUGUGGCCCUUAGAGGGGGCUGCAGGAAGAGCCUCCCUUCCCGCCAAGCCACCUUCCAGUGAGCUCUGGGUGAAGCCCCGGCCACCACAGACACUCUUCCCCAGCCCUUGCCAGGUGGGCUGUGUUCUCACGUGGGCAGAGGGCUGGGCUGGAGUCCACUGCACGGACCUUUCUGUGGGAAGCAGCCAUAGCUGCAGAUGCUAGUGUCUCCUUCUGUCUUCUCCGUGGCUGGAAUUCAAAAGCAUGUAUUUCUGGAGUCCCUUGUGAUAUUAACUGUUUGUUUUUUUAAUUAAAUGGCAGAGAUAUUUGACAUGC